AUGGGAAUUCUUGCCUAUAGAAUAAGCAAGUCUGCAUUAAACUCCUUGGCGAAGACGGUAGCAAUCGAUUUGGAACCGGAACAUAUCCUUGUGGCCUCAUUUUGCCCAGGUUGGGUACAAACCGACAUGGGAGGGCCGAAGGCCCAUCUCACUAUUGACCAGUCAGUAACGCAACUCCUGAAGUCUUUUUCGCAACUAAACAAAAACCAUCAUGGCGGAUAUUUCAAUAAGGAGCUCGAACCUAUCCCAUAUUAG